UAAGAGUUAUAUGGUGGGCGGGGCUUAACUUACAAGAACGUUGAGGUGCCGCAGGACGUCACGUAUCGCUCGCGAUACAAAAAAGCGCUCUGAUGUGUUGUUGCACAUGAACGCGCACGCGGGCUGAACGCGCGCAUCAGCACUGAGUGUUGUCUAUGGGGAUCACAAUGGAUAUAAAAACUGAAGCCAUAACCAAACCUUCCCACGGCUUUGCUUUACUGAAAGAGCUUGACUUGCAGCGGAGAACAGGAACAUUCUGUGACUGUGUGAUACGUCUCCAUAUGCACCAUGAUCAGCUAUUUUUGGCCCAUAAAAGUGUCCUUGCUGCCUUCAGUCCGGUGUUUGCCUGUCUCCUUCCUCACCAUGGUUCCUUCAUGGACUUAAAUUCCCCUCUGCUCACCCCACAAACCCUGACUUUCCUUCUGGAUUACAUGUACACAGGCACAUUGCCCCCAAAGAGUCAUGAAGAGCCAGUGAUAUAUGCAGCUUUCCAUCUGCAGAUGGAGCAACUACAGCAUGCACUGACCUGCAGGAGGAAAGAGAAUGAGCUCACACACACUGGUAAUGAUCAAGCCAACAAAACGAGAGGAUUUACAGAGCAUGAGCCUUUAGAUAAGACUCUUGUAUCUUCAUCAACUGUUCCGUGCUGCUCAGACCAGCCAAGAUCAUCCACACCAAACAACAAGUUUGUACCAGUUAUAUGCCACCUCAAGUCAACGGGAAACAAAAAUCUUGCACUACAAACCCUCUGUCUUGAGCAAACCAUUGAUAAACCCUCAGAGGCCAACAAACAACCUCAGAGCUCAGAAAUUCUAUCAGAGUCAAAACAUGACAAGACAGAGAAUUGGGAUCAUGACAUGCCAAGUGUUGGUGCUGAGAAAGUUGAACAGCCUUAUAAAUCCUGCAAGAGUGGACAAUUUCAAUCCAGUGGCUCUCAGAACAUCACACAUAUCCAUUCAAACACUGAUAAUAAAGAUCAGUGUGUGCAUAGGGAAAACACCGGCAGUAAACAUUCGUCUCCAGAACAUGACUGUAGAAAAAGUGACAAUAGUGAUUCAGAUGUGGAAGUUGUCCAGUCAUUUAAUCCUUCUGAAUCAGAAAAACAUGUGCCAGGAAUUUAUGAGAAAAAGUCAUACAACACCAGUGAUGACAACUCUGAGACCACAUCUCAGGCUUUUAGUCAGCAUAUGACCAAUAGUCUAAAAAGAGAAGACGGUUUAUAUUUUGAAAAUUCUAGCAGUACUGACACAAAUGUAAUAUCUUGUAAAGGCCAUUAUUAUGCUCCAACAUCAGAAGAAGUUGCACUGGGUGAAGAAUCUCUAAAAAGCAAUAAUGAUUGCUGUGAAUUCUCAAAUCUGAGGAAACACUGUGUAAAUGCUUAUCAUGGACACUUAAGAUACCACUUCCUCCCAGAACUAAACAAUUCAAUAAGUGACGUGACAUGCCAAGGGCCAAAUGCGGAACUAAACGGCAGCACUGAUGUUCUAGAGACAAUAGACAUGGCAGAGAUAUUACUCUCAACCAGAAAGCGACUAAAUUCUGUAUCCCACCAUCAAUCAAAUACACAUCGGUUCCAGUGCUCAGUGCCAGACUGUGAGAAAGCCUUCAGUCAGCGCGGCUCCUUGAAUAGACACAUGCGUUCACACCUGGGCAUUCGUCCUUACUCCUGUCCUCUCUGCACCAUGACUUUUUCCAGACAGUACAGGGUGACUGAGCACAUGCGUGUCCACCAGAGGAGCUGUGAGGACCCACCUUAAUCCUUAUGUCCUUAGGUGAUACUAUACGUAAAAUUAUUGCGUUACUCAAAUUUGGUAUAUUCAAAGCUUUUGUCCAAAAUAUUGUGUCCAACUCUGGUUCAAUAUGCUGCAAUGUUCUGCAGAGUUGAGUAUUAUUUCUGGUUGUAAUAUAACCUAAUAUGUGCUCAUUUAAGCUUGGUUAUCAGCUUGUUGAAUAGACGAGGCAUAAAUAGUGUAGUAAUGUUCAUGCAGAUUUCAACUAUUUUCUGUAACCGCUGAUCAGUAACCUCCUGGUGUGUCUGGAGCUCAGACAUAGUCACUUCACUCUGUCUAGUCAAUCCACCAGCUGACGUUCUUAGGAAGUAGGAGGAAACCAGUUAACCUGAAGGAAACCUGGAUAAACAUAGGCAGAACAUGUAAAA